CUGGCAACCACAGGUGGGCAGCCGAGGAAGCUGGCACUGGCGACACUUACCAAACCGGAGUUACUAACCCGGCUCAUCCAGGACCGAAAGUUGCGCAUAAAGCAAUACCUAAAACUGCUUCUUGGCAUGGCAUCAGAACAGAACUAAAAUACUAAUUUGAUUUAGACAGAAAUCAUGGUUCGACUGACCUUGGAUCUAAUUGCCAAAAACAGCAACUUUAAACCAAGAAAAGAAGAAACCACCUUACAAUACCUUAAGAAAAUAACUCAUAUAAAUUUUUCAGACAGAAAUAUAGAUGCAAUUGAUGACCUCUCUCUUUGUAAAAAUCUUAGUGUUUUAUAUUUAUAUGAUAACCAUAUUAGUCAAAUAACUAACUUGAAUUUUGCCAUAAAUCUGACCCACCUGUACCUACAAAACAAUUGUAUUUCAUGUAUAGAGAACCUCAGUUCAUUAAAGAAACUGGAAAAACUGUAUCUGGGAGGCAAUUACAUUGCUGUCGUAGAAGGUCUAGAAGGAUUAGAAGGGCUAAGAGAGCUUCAUGUUGAGAGUCAGAGGCUUCCCCUUGGAGAAAAGCUUCUGUUUGAUCCAAGAAGUCUUCAAUCUCUGGCAAAAUGCCUCUCUAUAUUGAAUAUCAGCAAUAAUAAUAUUGAUGACAUAAAAGACUUAGAAAUACUGGAAAAUCUUAAUCAGCUCAUAGCAGUUGACAAUCAACUUCUGCAUGUGAAGGAUUUGGAAUUUUUACUGAGCAAAUUGAUGAAACUGUGGAAAAUGGAUCUAAAAGGAAAUCCUGUUUGUCUCAAACCAAAAUACAGAGACAGAUUGAUACUGGUCUCCAAAUCACUGGACUGUCUUGAUGGAAAAGAAAUUAAAAACAUGGAAAGACAAUUUCUAAUAAAUUGGAAAGCAUCCAAAGAUGCCAAGAAAAUCAGCAAGAAAAGGAACAGUAAAAAAGAGGAUGACAGUAUCUCAUAUAUAAGUACCUUUGAAGCAAUGCAUCACAUAGUUCCGGUUUAUUACCCACAAGUGGGUAAGCCAAAAUUAGUCUUUCUCUCUGAUGCACAGAGAUACAUUGCUAAUGAAAAUGCACCCCCAGAAAGCUCCCAAGAUAAUAACCCUAAAAUUAUUGAAGAGACCAGGGUCCAAUCAAGGGGUGAUGACUUAGCAUUCCUUAAUGGAGCCACAUGAAGAAGACCCGUGAACAACAGUGCUGCACUGUCCAACCACCAUUCCCUGAAGACUGGCUUGGGCUUACCGAGAUGGAGGCUUAGGGGAGAGGGGGUACUGUGAGUCUGGAAAAUGCUUUAUCUGGGAAGAAGAAAAAGAAGCCCUAGUUUUGGUCUUGCCUCCUCUCCAUUCACUCACGCAUAUGCACAAAAACUGGAAGCUGCAUGAAAAUUUGCUUUACUGCUUAUGUACAUUGUAAUUACCAUCAAAACCUUAGCCAGUUUGUCCAUAGUACCCCAGCCAUUUUUUUAAAGAUUUACACAACUGGUGUCA